AUGGGACCCACCAGUGUUACCCUCAUGCGGUCACUAGUGAAGGGCAAAGGGAGAAUCAGGAAGGUUCAUUUCGACACGCAGGAUCACGGGCCCCAGACCAUCACAGGGCUGGAGCCCAAGCAGGUGCCUCUGCUCCACCAGCACCUCGACAAGGGCUCCCUGGAGCUGGAGAACAUGCGCCAUGGGCCCCGAUACAUGACUACAGAGUACAACGCCAAGUACCUCAAAGAUCCUCCCCACCAGGCAGAGUUCUUGCACAAAAAAUCCAUUGGCGCCAAGGAGGACACUGGCUUCACCAAAGAUUCCAAGGAGAAUCCUAUCAUCUUCCAGCCACCGUCCCAGGCUCCUCCUGGAGACCCUGUCCUCCUCCCAAGCCAGAGUGUCACCAAGUCCGACUUCAUGCCAAUGGCUCACCCACAGGGAAGUGACCACCUCCCCGUGUUGGCCAGAGGCUCUGAGCGGGAGACGGGCUACAGCCGAAUGAAUGAGAGGAUCCUGAACCCCAGAGUACCCCCACCAAGUCUAGAAUCCAGAAGCCUGGGCUCCCGGCAGUACCAGGCACCCCAACGAGUACAACAGUCGAACGUGGCCAUGCUUGGCAGAGACACUGUAGGAAGAAAGGAGCUCUCGGGGUUCAGUCUUAACAACCCCACCUACUUCCGGAGCUCCUGUGACCCCAACAGGGAUCAGCAGUACCUGACCACCUAUAACCAAGGGUACAUGGACAACAUCCCCAGAGGCCGAGACUGGGAAGGCUGGACUCGAGGCGGCGUCCAGCCCCAGAUGGCAGGAGGCUAUGCCCUCAACAUGGAGGGGGCCCCAAGCCCUACAGAGUGCCAACGGCGCCCGAACCCCCCCAACAUGGCAAGAACUAUGACCUCAGCUGACCCCUUUUCCCGAAAUCCAGCUCAUGGCACCUACCACCUGGCCUCCAGCUGAGGCUGAGGCC